AUGCGCCAUUACGCUCUUUAUAUCGACAUCGAUAAACUUCGAAAGCCCUCGGAGUCAGUGGUAUCUAGAGAGGCGAGCUACAAUAAAAUGUACCGAGCUAGCUACAGGCCUGAGCAGUUACUCCGCGCCCACCCCCGCCGCCCCCUCCACCACCCCCGCCGUCCCCUUUCCGACAUAUGCGCAAUCCACCCCCACGGGCACUCGUACAAAGGCAUCACCUGCGACCCUGCGGAUACACAUGCGUGCAUCUGUCAAUUCGUCCGCAGAUCGGCAGCUAAUAACAUCGGCCGCGGUCAAUUUGAUUCAAUAAUUGACCUGCAAAAGGUCCGCGUUGAUCGGAACAAUUUAUCCGAAGGAUCCCCGCGAGCGGAUUUUAUAAGUGACGUAAUAAUACGU